GGGAUGGGGCGGCUCCGGGAUGAGCUUCUAAUCAACCCGCAGCCGGCCCUGCCCCAGACUCCUUGGCACCGUCCUGGACCGCAGCUUUCUCUGAUUGGAUAUGGCUGCGCUCAGCCGGCCAAUGGAAAGACGGCGUUAGGUUCCCGGAAGUGGAGGCGCUUUUGGAGCGGUGCUUGCUUGAGUUUGGGGGGCUGAUUUGGGGUCCAGUCCUCGCGGUUACAAUGAGCUCCUUCCAGGGACAGAUGGCCGAAUACCCAACCAUCUCCAUAGAUCGGUUCGACAGGGAGAACCUGAGAGCCCGUGCCUACUUCCUGUCGCACUGCCACAAGGAUCACAUGAAAGGAUUACGGGCCCCGACUUUGAAAAGAAGGUUGGAGUGCAGCUUGAAGGUCCAGCUGUACUGUUCUGCUGUUACUAAGGAGUUGUUGUUAACUAGCCCGAAAUACAGAUUCUGGGAGAAACGAAUUGUAGCCAUUGAGAUUGAAACUCCUACUCAGAUAUCUUUAAUUGAUGAAGCAUCAGGCGAGAAGGAAGAGAUUGUUGUGACUCUCUUACCAGCUGGUCACUGCCCAGGAUCAGUUAUGUUUUUAUUUCAGGGUAAUAAUGGAACUGUCUUGUACACAGGAGACUUCAGAUUGGCCAAAGGAGAAGCCGCCAGAAUGGAGCUUCUGCACUCUGGAGGAAGAGUAAGAGACAUCCAGAGUGUGUAUUUAGAUACCACUUUCUGUGACCCAAGAUUUUAUCAGAUUCCUAGUCGGGAGGAGUGUUUAAGAGGCAUUUUAGAGCUGGUUCGGAGCUGGAUCACGCGGAGUCCGUAUCAUGUGGUAUGGCUGAACUGCAAAGCUGCUUACGGCUAUGAGUAUUUAUUCACCAACCUGAGCGAGGAGCUGGGGGUCCAGGUUCACGUGGACAAGCUGGACAUGUUUCGAAACAUGCCUGACAUCCUCCACCACCUGACCACGCAGCGCAGCACCCAGAUCCACGCCUGCCGCCAUCCCAAGGCAGAGGAGUACUAUCAGUGGAAUAAAUUACCUUGUGGGAUUACUUCCAAGAAUAAAAUUCCACUGCACACAAUCAGCAUUAAGCCAUCUACCAUGUGGUUUGGAGAAAGAUCCAGGAAGACAAAUGUGAUUGUGAGGACUGGAGAGAGUUCAUACAGAGCUUGUUUUUCCUUUCACUCAUCCUACAGUGAGAUGAUACUGGGCAGCAGCACUCACUGUACUGUACCAUCUCAUAAAGAUCCUCAUGAAAGACUUCCAGAAGUGCUUCAGAGAGUGAUUAAGGAUUUCUUGAGCUACAUUUGUCCUGUGAACGUGUAUCCAAACGUCAUUCCAGUAGGCACCACUCUGGAUAAAGUCCAAGAAACCUUAAAGCCUUUAUGUCGGUCUUCUCAAAAUACUGAGCCGAAGUAUAAACCCCUUGGAAAACUGAAGAAAUCUAGAAGAAUCCAUCUAGAUUCAGAGGAGGAAGAUGACCUUUUUGAUGACCUGCUUCCAGUACCUUUAAAGCAUAAGCUGCCAUACCAGCUGACUCUGCAUCCUGAGCUUGUCUUGCUGACUGCAGUGCCACAAAACCAGCCUGAAAAACUAGGACAAAGCACAGAAUGCUCUGAAGUGGAAAGUGUGCAAAGCUCUCUUUUAGCCAACUUCAUAGACUGUGAAGAAUCUAACAGUGAAAGUGAAGAAGAAUCAGAAAUCUUAGCUUCACUGCAGGACCCUGUAAUGCUUCCCCAGCAAAAGACUGAUACAGAUGUACCCCAAUGGGAAGUGUUCUUCAAAAGAAACGACAAUGUCACAGAUGAGGGUUUGGAAAACUUUCCUUCCUCCACAGAAAUGGGGAGAUCUCAGUCACCCAAACUUUUCAGUGACUCUGAUGGAGAAUCAACCCACAUCUCCUCCCAGAAUUCUUCUCAGUCAACACACAUCACAGAACAAGGAAGUCAAGGCUGGGAUAGCCAGGCUGAUACUGUUUUGCUGUCGUCAGAAGACAGAAAUGGGGAUACUGCCUUUUUAAACCAAAGUGCCCACAAAAAAGUCAAGGACAGUAUACCUGCCUCUAAGAUGGAAAAAGAUGUUCUUUGCCUAAAGGAUACUUCCAGUGAUGUGCAAAGCAGAGAUCAAGACAUAAGCAUAGCUCCUAGUGUUGGGAAACAAAUACCUGAGGAAAAAAGGUUGCCAAAUCAUAGCACAUACACAGAUUCACAGAGCUCCUCUGAUUUUGAAAUUCCCUCAACUCCAGAAGCUGAGCUACCUAAACAAGAGCAUUUACAAUAUUUAUAUGAGAAACUGGCAACAGGCCAACACAACGCCAGCUUCAGUGGGACAACAUUUCUCCAAGAAGCAAUCUGUACACGAACAACCAAAGGUCACUUCACUGACUAAGCUGAUUCCAGGAGCUGGUGUGAUGGUGAAUGCCUGUAAUCCCAGCACUAAGGAGGUGAAGACAGAAGAAUUGCUGCAAGUUCAAGGCCACUGUGGACUACACAGUGAGUUUACAGCGAGCUGGAACUUCACAGCAAGACCCUGUCUCAAAAAAAAAAAAUAAAUGCUAAAACCAUCCCCCCAAAACAAAAAUAAAAACUCUUAAGCUCAUACUUAUGUAUUACUACCUGUAUUCUGACAUGUAAUCAACUCUUGAUUACCUACAGAAAUGGAAUAGAGUGGUAAAAAUGGUUUAUAAAUUACUCCUAAGUAGGUUGGAAUGUAUUUAUAUGAAUUUCUUAAAAGACAUUCUCCUUUACUGUAUCUGCCAUCAGUUAAAUUCAUUAAGAUAUUUUAAUAUCUUAGUAAGUAUAUGAAUGGUCACUGGAAGGUAUUACAAGCCGUCAGGAAUAAAACUCUGGGAAUAAUGUGAAAUAAAUAGCAAGGCAAGGCAAUAUAAUUUUACAUGCUGAAAUAAGACAAUAUCACUAGAAUAUAAAGAGAGAUACCAAUAUAGGUCAGAUAAUCAGAAAUGGAACAGAGAAAGUAGAAUUCUGAAAGAAUGAAUCUGUUGGGAAGGGAAGACGGCAGGCAGGAUGAGAAACACAAGCAAAAGCUUGAAGCUAAGAUUGCACAAAGUAUCCAGAAACAGCUAAGAGAUGGAUUUAUCUAGUUUUAAGUUUAGAUUGCUGAAACAAGAUAAAAUGGUAAUGUUAAGGCAAGAGCAAAUUUCAGAUACCCUUGAACACUUGCCUGAGGUAUCUGAACUUUAUUGCAGGCCAAUGAUUCUUAUAAUUCUUGGAAUCUAUGUGUUUCUGGGGGAGCUUCCUUCAGUAAAAUACAUUAAACUGCACUCUGCUAAUCAGGAAUAAUUUUACUAAUCUUUUUACUGCCCAACCAAUGAAUUCUUCUGAUUUUCAUUUAAUCUGACCUCUUGGUUAUAGCAUCAUUGUUUGACCAGUCCUCAUACUAUGAUUUUCUCUUUCUUUUUGUUCCUUUUCUAUUUUCUGUGCUGAGUGCUUCUCCUAUCAUUUAAACAAUGCAGAUACUAAAGGGACUCUGUCCCCUUCCCCUUUUCAGACUAAACAAACAUUUAUUUAUUCUUUUAGAGAAUCUGAUGGAAGUUAAGAACUUUCCCAUAACAAAAAUUACUUAUGUAACAUUUUGAGUUACUUCAGAACAUUUGGGUUUCAAGUUAAGAAUCCUGCUCUAAAGGGCUCCUUCUGGGCAACCAGAUGUUUCCCAAAGCUUUAUCUGCAGCCCUACAUAUACAUCCAGGCGCUUACUUGAUGUCCAAUAGGUUCCUAAAGCAAUCUAACCUUCCUGAAAAUACCACUGCCCUUCCCAAACUUAUUUUCUGUAUGCCUCACUAUGUAAGUUUGUAGAUCUUACCUGUUUACCUAUUCACAGAAGGUUGCAGAUCAAGAAAACAAUCUCAAUUUCUUCUCCUAAAGCUAACCCAUCAGGUUUCUUUAGAGAUGGAUUUCUUGUCUAAUAUUCCAAUCUGCCCUUCUUGACUAAAGUGUAAUUCUUAUAUUAAUUCACAGAACUACUGAUUGUUUUUCUCAAAAAUUAAUUCUCCAACAGCAUAUGGAAUAAAGCCCAAGUUUGCUAUUGUAACAAAAGAAUGUCACUCUUAAAUUGGUCAUUUAUGCAUCUCUGGCUCAACUUCCCCUCGCAGCCCCAGUCAUACAUUACCCUCCCACCACACUGAAUUAUCUUUCACCAAUACUGGAAUACAUCACUGUAAUCUUUUGGUGCUUUGUUCUCAAUGAUUUCCCUACUUAGAAUCAUCUAAUUUGCCUAUUGAACACUUAACUUCAGUCUCAUUUUUUUACAUAGAAGAGAAAAACUACUCAUUCAUUAUUUUUUUCUACUCACUUUUACCUCUUCUACAUAACAUCUUUUGCCCAAGAUGAAGUGAUCACUGCCAAUUUCCUUUUGUUCCAAUUUCUAAUUUAAACUAUAAGAUAUUUGUGAGAAGGUAUGGAAUUUUAUUCUUUAUAGCUCCAGAAUAAGUACAACUGCCCAUCAUCUCAGACUCUGACUAAAUGUUUAUGAAUAUACCGCCAAAAAUAUUAACUACCAGCAUGUGUGUGGUACAAAAGGCAUAUAAUAGUAACUACAUAAAUUCUGAAAAGAAUACAACCUGUUAAUCUUAAACUGGAGAUUACAAUUCAGUUUCAAUACUUGUUUUGUUAUCUAUUUACUGUCUAUAGCCCACAUAUGGCAGCAAACAUCUAAGCUUUACAAAUUAUGUUAUCUAUUAGGAAAAAAAGGCAAAAAAUUUCCUAUCUUUCCAUUAGCUAUUUUUUUUUCUGCCAAUUAUGAAGUACUAUUCAAAAUUGGUGGUAGAACAGCCUGAUCCCAAUUGUGACACACCAGUGGGCCUAUGUGAGUACAGUUGAAACUACUAUGGUCAGCAGGAAGUCACUGGAUUUAUAUGAGUGAUUGACAGACAGACCUGGGGUUAGAGAUCCUGCCCUGAAAGAAAUGACUCAUGUGACCUUAGGGAAGUCCUUUUUAAUUCUGUUUUCAUGAUUUCUCAAAUUUAACUUGUAAUUUAAUGAUUUCAAUGUUAUUCUAGGUUCUUCAAAAACCUACAGAAGCUACACACUAUCAGCCUCUGAAACCUAUGGAUUAUUCUGUUUGUCAGGAUCAGGCCAUAUGUAUACAUAGGAGAUCUUACAUUCUCUAAGUCAGAGCUGAAGAGAGUGUUCCUCAGCUUAACAUACUGAUGGACAAAUAUCAUCCAUGUGCACAGGACCCUGAUUCUUCACUGCUAAGUACAUCACUAUUCACAAUAUUAUCAGAAAUUACUCCAUAUGAAGAAAUCAACACUGAUACAGAAAUACCACACAGCACUGAGAGUAACACAACUAUACUUUACAUGCAUUAAGUUCAACUAGACCCCAGACAUGAGUUCAAAACAUUAACAACCUAUUCCCCUAGAUAGCAUUCUUUGCAUUUCCCAAAUUGCUUAUUUCAGAACUCUUCUACUUUGCACAAUGUCUCCCUCCCACUACCUCUUUCCAGCAUUUUCAUUUGCAUGUUUGUUCCCAAUGUCCAGCUUUCCAGGGAUGCAGAACAGGUAAGAUGGGUUAGACACAUAGGAGAGAUGAACUUCCUCCAUCACUUUUCUCCCAUUUCUUCAAUUUCUCCCAUACAACUGGUUCUGAGACACAUGUAAAAUUUUUUUAAAAAGCAAAAUAAAAUGAAAUCUCCUUUGAGAUAUAUAUGCUUAUAUAUACAAGAAAUUUCUAAGACGUUAAGAGAUAGAAAGUGGGUCACAGAGUGGAAGACUUCCAUAUAUAGCUUUUUAUAGCAUUCAGUAUUUAAAAUCACAUGCAUCUAUUACUCAUAUAACUUUUUAAAAAAAAUAUAACAUUAAGAUAUAACCCUGGUAUCCUAUCUUGUCUUUUUCUUCUUCAAUGCUAAGAUUCUUACAAAAACGUUGACAUUACUUGACUCUACUUUCUUACAAUCUUCAAUUUGUUCUUUAAUUCUUUUGGCCUGUCUAUCCAUGUUACAGAAACUAACUAAGAACAAUGGCCCCUUGGACUACUAACUUUAAUGGACUCUUACAGUUUUUAACCCACUGUUGAAUACUGUUUUGUUGAGAGACUAUGUUAGGCUUCCAUGAUUUACUCUUCUGGUUUUCUUAGUAUCUUUCCUUAGUUUGUUCUGCACUCUCUCACUAAAAGAUCUACCCCACACUAUCAGGGACUAUACACUUCCACGUUCUUCAGUGCUUCUUCAGAUGUCUAGUGCAAAACAUAGAAGAGGGCCAAUGAUUACCUUCAGUUAAUGAACAGGUAACUCUACUCAUUCUGAAGAAUUUAAUCACUAUCUUUUUCUCAUUACUGAUUUGGAGCCACAUUUCUACCUCCAUUUUCUUUCACAAACCCAAUCUUGUUCCUUUUCCUAUAUUCUCAAAUCCUUGUGGAUAGCACUGUCUACAUCAUUUCUGCCCAAGUCAGAAACUUUCAUUUCCUGUAUAUGGCUCCCUCACAGACCUUACCUCCCUCUGACACAAAGCACAGGCCUGUGUAUUUUACAAUUUUACUAAAAACAAAACAAACCCGUUUCUCAUUCUUUCAGUUCAAAUGUCAUCAUUUCUUACCUAGGUUUCUCCAACAGUCUUCAGAACAUAUGGCUGUGGAUGUAAUAAUUGCUUCCUACCAAAUUGACUUUUUCAAUGCAAGACAAAGACUCUGAAUUUCAAGUCUGAUGGGUCACCCUGUUUAGAAUUUUUCAGUGGGCUUCCCUAUGGCCUUUCCCACUCUUCCUGUUACUUCACACUUUAGACAGAUGCCACACUGAAUUAUAACAUUUGUCCUUGUGGACAUUAACUGGCUUUUUCUGGGAAGCUUUCUGUGAUGUAACCUAUAUUUACACACAUAUUCCUACAAUUUUUUUUUUUUUUUUUUUUUUUUGGUAAUGGGGCUUGAACAGAGGACCUUUACACUGAGCUACAGCCCCAUUCUUUUUAAAACAUUUAUUUUGUAAUAGGGUCUCACUGAGUCACCCAAGAUGGCUUUCGAUUCCCCUGCUUCAGCCUCCCUAGAAUGCUGAAAUUACAGGUUUACAGUACUAUGCUCAGCCUCUUAUAAUUCUUAUAAUGAUGUUUGCCAUAGUACCUAAUACAAUGAUCAUUUGUUGAUCAUUCUGACUAGGCUGUAAGUUCUUUAAAUGAAAAAACUUAUUAUUAAUCUUAAUAUUUCCAAUGACUAAUGAAAUACCUGCCAACUAGAAGAAACUCAAACAUGUUAAGUAAGUCCACACAUAAAACAAACAGGAGACAGCAUUAAAUACAGUGAAGGACUGAUCUAAUAGUGAUAGUAGAGACUGGGGAAAUGAAUCAAAAGAUGUUUCAACUCAUUAACUACUAACUAAAGCACAAAAGUGCAUGACAUGUUUAAGGAAAAAACACAAACUGUGUUUUAAAGCUAUGGUUCCAACAGAACAUAGGAGGUGCUCUUUAAAUCUUACCUAAAAGAAAGGACCUAAAUGUCUGUCUCAGUCAGGUAAACAAGGAAUUAUUAAAAGGUCUAGCAAAACCAGAGUGCAAUCAGAGCUGGGUUUAAGAAAUAACUAUAAUGGCUGUGUGGAAUACAGUACUAAGACUAUCAUUUCAUGAACUAAGUGGAAAAGGACACACAGGAAAAAGAAAAAUAGGACUAUCUGCUUUUUCACCUAUCCUGAUAUAUAUGAAAGGAAAUGUGUUGAAAUGAUAGGGCAUGCGUACUUCUAUAAUCCCAGCACUUGAAUUCAAGGUUGAGGCAGGAGACUGUAGAGAGUUUAAGACCAGCCUGGGCUACAUGGAAAGAUCCUGUCCUGAAAACUGAACCAAACCAAACCAAAACAGCAGUAAUGCUUAUAGAUUAAACAUCUGUGCUAGGUAGAUAAAUAGGGUGUUAAGGAUAUCACAAAGUAAAGUUACUGAUUCCAAAUCAAGAAAGUUUAGAAAGCUGAGUAUGGUGGCAGACAUCUGUAAACCCAGCACUCAGAGGGCACCACAACUGGAGGCUAGUCUGGACCACACAGUGAGUUUAAAGCCCCAUGAAUUGCACAGCAAAACCUUGUAUCAAGAAAGGAUUAAAAAAAAAAAAAAGAAGAGGAAGAAACCUGAGAAAGACAGACACAAAACAACAAUAAUUUAUUUGAUUUCACACAAGAAUGAAUCCUCAUAGCCUGGGUAGUGCCUAUAAUGGAAGCACAAACCUUUAAAGACAAAAAAUGUGACACAAAUAACACAAUCUGAUCAUGUAUUAGAUUUAAAGGGUAAGAAAGAAUUUAACUAUGAAAUUAAGGUUGGGAACCUUGAAGUAUUGUGGUUAUGUUAAUGAAGAAAGAGACCAUUAUUAGCAUAGGGUGCAGAUUUGAAGGAGGAAAAUAAAUGUGCUAAAGUUGGUACCUUUAGGGUAUCUAGCUUGAAUGAAGCCCACAAAGAGGUCAAGGCCUCAGAAAAGCUUUAUAAGUCAUGCCACACAGGUCUAAGUACCACUGGAAAAGAGGUCACUUAGAGAGCAACUAUAAGGAAAGAGCCAGGGACAACACCGUGGAGAUUACCUAUGUUGCAGGGGAAGAUGGGUAAGAGAUAUUGGAGGAGAUUCCUAAAACAUAUUUUAAAAAAUAUGUGCAUAAAGCAGCAGGAAUAGAGGUACUGACAAGAACAGUUAACUUUGAUACAGGAUUAUUACCAGUGUCAGCCUCUGUUUAGACUAUAUUAAUCCAUUUAAUUAUGGCCUAUGACAGUGGUGGUAAACCUAUGGCAUGAGUGCUGCAGUGGGCUGUUUAUUACCACUGAAAGCUCAAAAGGUUUGCUAUCAUUGUUCUAGAAGAUGCAUACUAUAACUAUUACCAUUUCAUAGAUGAAACUGAACAAGAGAUUCAGCAUCUUGCUAACAAUUAUACAUAAGUUAUAAGGGUCAGAAUUUUAACCAAGACAUUACCUCUACAGAGAAGAAGGUGGCCAAUGGUAUUAAAUGUGACAAAGUAGUAUAGUAAAAUUUGAGACCCUCAAACUUGACAAUUAGAAAAUCAGUUUUAAUUGGGCAUGUUAAUACACUCCUUUAAUCCUGGCACUCUGGGAAGCUGAGGCAGGAGAAUGGAAGUGCAAGCCCAAUAUGAGCAGUUUAGUGAUUUGGUGAGAUACUGUCUCAAAACAGAAAAAUUCUAAAAAGGGCUGAAAAAUGAAAGGCUCUGUGUUCAAUCUUCAAUAUUCGGGGUCACUUGUAAGGGCACAAAUCAGAACAAAGUGGAAAACCAAUUAAAAGUUAAUGGAAAGUGAAUUCACAACCCACAGGAUGGCAGAAAAACUUUGUACUUCAGUAAAAAAAAAAAGACAAUCCAAUUUUUAAAAAGGAUUUGAAUAGUUUCUCAAACAUAUACAAAUGGCUAGUAAGAGCAUGAUGAAAAGUUGCUCAGCAGAGAAAUGCAAAUCAAAGCUUCAAUGAGAUGAACUUCAAAUCCACCAGGAUAGCUAUAACAAAAUGUCAGGCAGUAAUAAACACUGGCCAGGAUGUGGAGAAGCUAAAAAUCUCACAUACUAUUAGAGGAAAAGUCAAAAGUGGCAAAGAGCUUUGGAAAAAGUUAAACAUAGAAAUAAAUAUCAAAUGAAGCAAGAUAAAUGAAAACUUAUGCCCACACAGAAAUUUACAUAUAAACAUUUAUAGCAUGAUUACUUAUAAUAGCUCCCAAAUGGAAACAAACCAAAUGUCCUUUAAGGGAUAAAUGGAUAUGUAGUACAUUCAUGUAAUCAACUGUUAUUUCGCAAUUAAAAAAAAAAAAGAUGUACUGAUACAUGCUAUAACACAUUUAAGACUUAAAAACAUGGUAAUUGAGAGAAGGUGAUCUCAGAAGCCCACAUACUGUGUGGUUAGAAAGCAGAGUUAGUGGUAGUCCAGGGCUCAGUAUGGAAGAGUAUCUGGGAGGUGACUGUGAAGGAGUCUGGUAUCUUUUUAGGUUAAUGAAUAAUAUUUUAAAACUGACUCUGAGUACACUUGAAGAUCUGAGUUGUAUACUUUAAACAGGUGAACAGAAUGAUGGCAUGUGAACUGUCUCAACAGAGCUGAUUAAAAAAAAAAAAAAAAAAAAAAAACAA